AUGGUGUUUCAAACAUUUGCGUUACCUCUCAAAAUACCGAUAUUGCCCUUUCUUGGCCCCAUCUUGUCUUUCAUUUACGUCACGUGCUUACAUUUGGCGGAAAGCGCAGGCUCCACCACAGCCCUUAUUCCUCCUUCGGAAUCGCUCACUGGCGAUGGAGACACAAUCACAUCAGGCCACGAUGUUGGACAAGUCUCGAAAUAG